AUGGAUAUCUAUGGUUUCUGGUUAGCAAUGAUUAUUACGCAAACAAUUAUUUGUGUAACGUUAUAUAUAUUUACAUGGUGGUUUGAUUUUGAUGCCCUUUCAAAAACUGCACUUGAUCAUAUUUCUUUGGAUACAAUAAUUAUAUCUUCUGAAAAUUAUUCGACAUUUAAUACUGUUUCCACAGAUCAAUUAUUACCAUUAGAACAUCAAACAAAACAAAAUUUAACAACAACUGCCGAAAAUGAUCAAGAUAAAAUGUUAUUUAAAUUACUCUGGAAAAAAGCAAUUUAUCGUAAUUUUGCUAUCAAUCAUUGUGGCUUUUCAACAACGAUGGAUAUUGGCUAUGGCAACUGCACUCCAUAUUGCUAUCAGAAUGCAACAUCGAUACAAUUGUGCAUGUGUUCCACAGAUUUUUGUAGUGAUACGUAUUCAAGUUGUCAAGCAUCGGUCAAUCAAGCACGUUCUUCGCCUCCACCAUCAAUGCCUGUUCUUCAACCAACAUUAUCUAAUAUAAUAACCUGUCAAGAUGCGUAUGUCAAUUUGUCGGCUGCGCUGAAUAUCAUCCCUCCAAUGUAUAUGGGCUGUAACUGGUUCAUGAAUUUUGGUGAUGCAGAUUUUUAUAAAUGUUCCUCCUGUAGCCCUAAUUAUACUCUCAUAUGUGGUGUUUGGUACGAUCCAAUACAGGGCAGUUUUCAACAAAUGGGCAUGAUUGAAGGUGCAUAUGAAUUUCUGAUGGAGGCGAUGAUUGAAAAUGCAGCAUUAAGUGAUAACAGUAGCUCUGAUGUUUAUCUAUAUCAAACUUCCACAAGUAUUGCGACAUUCUGGUAUGUUAGCUCCGAAUAA